AUGGUGAGAUCGGAGUAUGCGACAAUCGAAGUGCCAGAGCUAGAGCUUGUGAUACCUGCUAAAACUCGUCCAGGAGAGAUUACCACUAUUGAGGGAGUAUUGGAGAGGGUUGGUGCCGGUCUCUCACAAGAACAAGACAGAAGGCGAGAACUAGAUCCUGAAAGUGCUACCAAAAUCGACGACUUUCUUGCCAAUUUACGGGAAUGCUUAAACCUAACCAAAGCAUGGACUCUGAAGCUCCACGAUCCUACGGGAAACUGCUUCAUUCAAAAUCCUGAUCCACGACACGUUGAUCCGCGGUGUAUUGUCUCUCACUAUCAUCGUAGCCUAGAGGAGCGGAAACUCUUAGGAUUGGCUGACGAUAAUGUUGAAGAACAAGAGCCUACUCCAGAAUGGAAGUCCUUUGAUGAUGCGAAAAGGGAAGUCCUACACUUUCCCACCGAGUGUCCAAAUUGUGGAUCACCGUGCGAGGUGUUGAUGAAACCCACAGAUAUUCCAUUCUUCCAAACGGUGAUCAUAAUGGCUAUGAAUUGCGACAGUUGCGGUCUUAAAACAAACGAAGUGAAGAGUGCAGGCGCUAUCAAAGAUCAUGGUUGUCGACUGUCUUUAAAGCAUUCAGCCAACAUCUCACAG